GACUUUUAAUACUUAUAAGACUUUUAAGACUUAUAAGACUUUUAAUACUUAUAAGAAUUUUAAUACUUAUAAGAAUUUUAAGAGUUAUAACUCCUAUUGCUCUUUUAAUACUUUUAAGAGUUAUAACUCCUAUCGCUCUUAUAAGUCUUAUAGGAGCUAUAAGAUCGAUCACUCCUAUAAGCAAGGAAAGCUCGGAACCCAAUUCUCUCAUGUGA